UAUAAUUUUUUCCAAUUGUUUCUAACUGAAACAAAUAAGAUUAAAUUGAGGGAUCGAUGUCGUGCCCUGGGCGAUGGUUUUUAUAAAACAAUUCACCUGCGUUGCAUCCUUUUUGCUAAAUUGAACACUUUUUUGAUGUUAUCCUUUGAUUUUCAAACUGCCUUUAAAUAGCCAAUAGUUAGUUAUGGGCGUUACUUUCAGGUAACAUUGGCUUUCCUUGUUUGUAAAAAGGCGUUUUCUAGUGCUAAAAGGGCGUGGCCUGAUUUUUUUCUUGUCCCCCCUCCCUACCAGAGCGUAGCGGCUGGCGCCGCCAUUGGUCCAGUUAUUAAAGCUAGAAAAGUCUCUGUCUAAUUCGAACUAGUCAUUAUAAAGGACUUUAGAUUAGAAGUUAGAGUUUGCAAAAUCGAAUUUAAAGAGGAGCAUGCUUGAAAAAUGACACACAAUUCUAUGCAUGAUUUAAUAUAAACCACACACAUGUUUUAAAAGCGAGUUAAAGGAAUUUAAAAUAAUUUUGAUGUGAAGGAUUCAAUGUCCAGGGCUAAAAACGAUGAAAUUGUUGUACGCACGUUUCAGAAUUUAACAGCAGAUGAAUCAGGAAUUAAAAUCACGUCUAAGAGACAAAGUGCUUACAAAUUUAUCUCUCCGACAUAAUAAUUUAUUUAGGAUUGUAAAACAGGUAUCAGGGGACAUCUUUCUAGGAUUUAAUGAUAAAUUAUAGAUGAAAAUACGCUUACGGCCUAAACGCCAAUGCUCCUCCCACAAAUAUAGAGAUAUCGACGGUCAUAAAUUGCAGCAUAAGUUUCCGUCAAAACGUUAUGUUUCUUAUGUCAUCAUACAAGCCAUAGAUUUGUAAGCAUAUAAUUUCAAUGUCUUUAUUCAUUAAGUUAUUAGCUCCUCUUUUGACUGUUUCUCAGUUUAUGAUCUGGUUUUUUUAAGGCAAACUUGCUUUUGCACUGACUUAGGACAAGAAACGAAUUUUGGUUCAAGUUUCGUGCAGUUUUCGUAGACAGUUUGAUACCUACAAAGUAGGACAUUUUCACAUGUUGUAUUUUGUAACUGCCUCUGAAAUAAGCCCAUCGCUGCUUCUGCUCAUUUUGUCUCCAUAUUUCCUAUCUCAAGUGACAAAAUCCUUUCCUUCUCACUAAUGACAUUGAAUAGAUCUUCUGCUUUGUAGUGACCAUUGUCUAAACGUAAUCAUGUCCUCCAUUGUGUCACUGUCAUUAACACUUUCCAUUGUCUUCGUACCCACGUAACGUAAUAAACAACACAUGUGUAGCGUCCCCUCGUUUUAUUUUAUUCAGCAGGAGGUAACAGGAUUUAUAACUAAUUAUCUUUUUAAAAGAAUAACCGUCCUAGCAGAAAGAAUAUUCAAUUCAACUUCCCUUCUGGAAGUUGUCAAGGGAAGGCAACGCAAAUAAUCUAUUGGUAUUUAGAAGAAUUGAUAGCUGUGAGAUAAAUGAAAAUUUUAUCUAUGGUUAUCAUUUGAUUACCUAUUUUUAAUAUGACAUGAAUAUUUUCACGAUCAUUGACAAAAACCUCAAAAAUGAAUAUAAAAACAAACAAACAACAACAGCAGCAACAGCAUGAAAACUUACUAACAAUGUUGUCGUUUUAUCUAAGUUUGUUCUGUAUGACUAAAGUUGUAUUUUGUAAAUCUGACAUACAUUUGACUCGUAACAUGAAUGGCUUGAGCAAAGCAUAAAACGAUAGAUCUCCCUCGCUAAUGUUUUUGCAGGGUCGAGGCAAGUUAUGAUCUAAGUAGAUGUACUCAUUAUGGAACCUUUCACAAUUCCUGUUUAACAACAGUUAACAGUUGUCAAUUUCCCUAUUAGUUAGAUAAAUUGGAACUGGCCUUUAUAAUGAUGUAAUAAUAAGUAUAAAUAUAGCUAUACAUAAACGCAACGUAAGGCAACGUUAUCCUUAUCGAUACAAAGGCAACUACGAUAAUACAGUUAGCAAAUAAAUUUAGUACCAGAAUGAAAAUAUGAUAGUUUGAUUGUUAAAAACACGACGUUUCGAGCAUGUACUCGUUAUCAAGUGAGGCAACUACGCAUAGCAAAUUCAGUUAAAACAUUUCCUUGUGUUCAAUUAUUUCUCAUGUAUUGAAGAUAAUUUAGGCAAAGACCUUCGACAUAUGGUAAACCAUUGCUGUGUAUUCGUCAGGUUCAUUGCACAGGCUUUUUUGUGGUCACAUGCUUGUGAGCCCACAUUAGUCUUUGCCUUCCAUAAGCGUUCAAAACACGUCCUCAACCUUCUUGUUUACUGUAAAAAUAACUAGCAUCCUAUUGACUAUGACAUGCCACAAGCCUACCAGCAAUAUCGCCAGAUCCAGCUGUAUCCAGGUGAUGCAAGCAGUUUUCACAGUUUGCUGCAGUUCCAAGGUGUUUUAAUCAACUCGCUAUCGUUAUGAAGGCUUUAACGUAGGCAGCCAUUAUUCAACACUAAUGUUUAACCGUUCACAAAGGCCAAGACGUAAAAGCAAAGUGAGCCGGUCUUUAUACAGUGAAAAGAUGAAACUUCUUAAAGUUGCUGUAUUCUCAAUGGAAGGCGAGCCUUCAAGCCCGAACUCGCCUCUCGAGGGAAAUCAAUUGGAUCCUUCAACACUAGCUGUCAACCGAAAGCUUAUGCGUCUCUCUGUGGAUGGCAGGGUCAAUGCCAAACGAAGCAGCAUUUUGUUUGACAAAACUAUGCCAGUACCAAGUGAAAAUGAAAUCAUUUUCAAAGAGCCACUGGAAGAGACAACUAUUGGAAGAAUUAAAGUUAAAAAGCUUGUGAGCAGUGAAUCACGCUUUCCGCGCAUAGAGGAAAUGUCACAUUUUCACUAUAACAACGUAGAAAUUCCUGGAAAACUUGAAAUUACACUGUUUGAAGAUCAAACCUUGGAAGGAAACGAUUCGAGCGAGUUUGUUCAGAUCGCAAUAUCUUGUGGCAACACAAGUUGGACAGUGAGAAGAAGCUAUCAAGACUUGAUAGGGCUUGACAGGCAACUUCACAGAUGCAUAUACGACAGAAAUUUCAGCAAACUGGAAUAUCUUGGUGAAAUCGAUCGCAGUAGGAGUAUUGUGAUAGAUACAAAUAUGAAGGAAAGAACCAUUGCUUAUCUGGAAAGACUCAACAGUAUUGCUGGAAACAAUUUGAACUGUGGCCCCAUUUUGAAUUGGUUUGAGCUUGAUAAUCAUGGAAACCAUCUCGUUGUCAUGGAAGCCGACGACUCUGCUAUCAAUGUUCCUGCGAUUGCUGCAGCCCACGUGAUCAAACGUUACGUCGCCCAGGCCCCUGACGAGAUUUCUUUAGAGGUCGGUGAGUUUGUAUCUGUGAUCGAUAUGCCCCCUGGAGAGGAAACAAUUUGGUGGAGAGGGAAGAAAGGUUUUGAGGUUGGCUUUUUCCCUUCAAGUUGUGUUGACAUUCUCAUUGAUAAAGAAUUGGACUCACAGCUCAUCCAACAUGCGAUAAUUCAAAGACCGAUUAGUAAACGACGGGGAAAAUUCAUAUCUUUCCUGCGGUACUUCUUUCGGUCAAGACCAAGCAAAGACGAACUCAUGCAGACAGGAAUUUUAAGAGAACGCACCUUUGGGUGUGACCUUGGAGAGCAUCUAGCUAGCACAGGAAGAGAGAUACCACUUGUGCUGGAAAUGUGUUGCGCUGUCAUUGAGGAAAGUGGCAUUGUCGAUGGCAUUUACAGACUGUCAGGCAUCACAUCAAAUAUGCAGCGUCUAAGACUUGCAUUUGAUAAUGAAGAGCCACCAGACCUGUCUGAAAGCAGAUACCUCCAUGAUAUUCACUGUAUUUCCUCUUUACUGAAGACCUAUUUCAGAGAGCUGCCAAAUCCUCUGCUAACCUACGAGCUCUAUGACAAAUUUAUGGCCGCAAUUCGAAAAGACGAUGACAUGGAUCGUACAGUGGCAUUCCAUCAUGCCAUUCAACGGCUUCCUCCUCCACAUUACAGAUCACUAGAAUAUCUACUCCGCCAUCUUGAGAAAUGCGCUUCUCAGUCCAGUCACACCAAUAUGAACGAAAAGAAUCUAGCCAUUGUCUGGGCACCAAACUUGCUAAGGCCCAACGUCAACGAGCAGGCUGGAGCUGCUUUGUUAGAUAUACGACAUCAAGCAAUAAUAGUGGAAUAUUUGCUUAAGAAUGUUGGAAUCUUCUUUGACAAAAAUUUGGCAUCGGCAGCCAUCGCCUUCUACCCAGAAGCAGAUGACGUCACCAUUCCAGUCGCUGAAAAUGGAUACUCCAAAGACAUUGUCCUUGAUCGUGCAAACUUAGAAAAAAUAGGGAUAGGGCCACCAAAGCUGAUAUCAUUGACAGAAGCAAGAGCGAGAUUAAAAGAAAAUAACCGAAUCUGUGAAUCAGAGCCAAACUUAGACUCAGCUGAGAAACCACGCCGAAAAUCGAGGCCUCCUUCGAAUCCGACAAUACCAGCCUCUAUCCCAAUAUCACCGGGUCCAAGCCUUCUUUCCUUAGAAGAAGCACAGGCGCGGAACAAGGUUAAUGGCAGUGGAGUAAUGCGCCGGAGUUCGGUUGAUUUGCUUCAAAUUGAUUCGAGAACGAACAAGGAGAAUUUAUCAGAAAUCGCGUCGAAGAAGCGCAGCUGGAAAGGUUUGUUUUCUAGAAAUAAAAGCAUUGGUAAUGACCUGGAUAUGUAUGGUGAUGAGAAGAAAGCAAUGUCUCUUUCAUCUUUUAAAAGGAGAGUUAGUUAUGAUGUUGGAGACAGCUCUGGUCUUGGAACCCCCCGAUCGCAAAGCAGUUUCAAUUUGCGCGAGUUGGGACCGAGUGAAGGAAACACGCGUCCAACGCAGGGGAAAAAAGGACGAAAGAAGAAAAUGGAAAUAUCAUCGCCGCUUGGAAUUCGGACUUCGAGUUUUGUAAGCUAUGUAGGGGGUAUGAGCCAGCUCGAAAGGACGAGUACAGCUCCAGAAAUUGAUCUAAGGCAGUCGGCAAAGGCUGCCAGGGCUAAAGGGCAAGGAAAAUCGAAAUCGGCUAGCCAUAGUAUUAACACUCAUAGUGGUGAGAGCACGGAGUUGAACUCUGAUAAACAUACCAGUGACGAGUUUAAACCAACUUUGGAAGUAAUUAAUGACGUCAGUAUUGAGGACGCUAGGCUAAGUCGAAUUGAAGACAAUGCGGAGAAAAAGCCCAAUAAAUCGAACACGGUAAAAAAGAAUGAAUCGGAUCGUAAAAAUGAAUUAGAUAUUAGCGAGAAGAAUCUAGCUGAGCUAGACCUUCUUGUUGUAAGUUGCGCUAACGCGCGAAAGGACAUCAGUGCGCACAGUUCACCCGUUGAUGAGAAGUCAAUACGAAACUCAGUGUGGAUUGAAAGAUAUGACGAGAUUGCGAGGAUAUGCUCAAGUGCUGCGAGUGUGGACGAUCAAGAUAGCAAGACAAGGUCAGAAAAUUCUUUACCUAUAGAAAAAGCUCGAUGCUUUUCAUCAAGCAGCGUCCAAUCGACAGACAGCAUCUCGCCUCGGCGGCGACAGGCAUCAGAAAUUCGUGACUCAAUUUUGAUUAGAGGGGGCCGAGAACUACAGCUGCACGGCCGCUUUGCUUAUAAUGUACCGGGUAAUACAGAAAAACGAUCUCAAUCUGCCGAUAUUCCCGAUGUUACCCCCAUCAUCAACAAACGUGCCUCUUGUCUCUCAGACGGGGGAGUGCCGGACUGUGCUGCUGUUGACGGUGUUAUUGCCAUUGACUGGGUUCCUGUUAUGCAACGAUCGCUGACGUCAGUUUCGGAUCAAACGCCGAAUAUAUCGAAGCCCGUUUCAACUGGAAACGACAACGAACGAAGUGAAAAAGGAAAUAUUGCGAGAAAACAAUGGGUGAGCAGGCCUUUUUCGAGCUAUGACAACCAUCCGCUGCCCCAGAUUGACUCGUCUUGUGACAUUGUUGACCACCGCAAAACGAAGAAUCGACCAUCCAUUUACGAUAAUUUGUUAGUAUUAGAGUGAAAAAUGAAAGAAAACUUCUAAUCGAAAGUUUAACUACUGAUCAUAUUCACCAGCUUUUCAAAUUACGUCAACGGAGACUCGACCCAUGAAGAUGUCGCAAAGCCUGAAGUCUUAAAUCCGAUAAUGAGUUGUUAUAUUCAUAUUAUUAACACAUUAAUCACAUUCAUGUUUUCAAAUCUGAGCUCUAUAAACGUCUUAUUGAGAUAGACUGGCUACAGGUAUUCCUGCAUCACUUUUGAAUCUUUAAAGCAUAUUUACCAAUCAAAUCGCCCGUCUAAUAAUCAUUCAUGAUUUGGACCAAUCAAAUCGCCAGCCUUAUAAUCAUUCAUGAUUUUGACCAAUCAAAUCGCCAGCCCUAAAGUUAAUUACCGCAUGAAGCAAUCAAAUGGCCAGAGCAGUAAUGAAUUGUGAUCUGGACCACUUUUAGUUGCUACCAAGUUUCCGGUAUACCUUUGAGAACAGUAAGGCUUUGAAAUGCCGACGUGUGGUUAUCUUGUAUCUGAUUUCAGGUAUCUGCUGCACAAUCUGUUACUGGGCCGUACCCUUUCGUUCUUUCGAGAUAGCAGAAUUUGCUGAAUGAAUGAAAUUGUGCAGAUGUUAUCGCUGUUUUAUCCCGAAAGCAUAUUUUUCGGAUUCUUUGUUACAAAUUGCAGUUUUGCCAGAAAAAAAAGUCACCAUAAAGUCCUUUUGAGCUUUUCAGGCAUACGCCUCAUUUUACUUGAAAAUCGUGACAAAAUCUUAGGUGAAUGAGUAAGCGUUGCUUCAUUAGUUAUUUAACACUGCGGCACAAAUAACAGGGAUGCAAUUUUGAAUACUAAGGGCCGAUUAUUAUUUCCAAUAGAUUGUAUAACUAUUUAUAAUUGUUAUUAUUUUCGGGGUUGCUUAAGAGUUUUUGACACUGUGAAGGGAGAGAGAUUGGGUAGGUUUGACAAUAAUAAUUUCAAGACAGGACGUCUUGGUACCAACACUUUCGAAACCAAUUCUUUUUUCGAGUUGCUUUCUUAUAGUUCAUUGUUCUAGGUUUUGGAAAACCGUCGAAUUCUCAAAUUGUACAAUCAGAAUUGAAAGUUUUAUCAUCAUUGCAAAAGAUUGUUAAUUUAGAUUUCUGUGUUAAUUUGAAUGUUGAUUUUCAAUAGUUGUAAAAUUAUAAGAUUUAUCAAUGUAAAAUAAAGAUGUUAUUAAAUUAUACAAAGAGUAAUCUGAAAGACAUUAUAUUACGUUUU